AGGCAGAGCCACAUCCAGUUCUGGUCAGAGCAGAGCGCAUCACGCCCUCUGACUUCAAACCGAGGAGAAGCAGCUCCACAGCAGGCCAGAGGUUCCCUGAAAAGAAACCCUGUUCAUCUCACUGUGUGUCACGGCUCAGAGCUGCGAGCUUAACCUUCAGAGAGGCGAAGAGGAGACAUUAGAGGAAGAGAGGUGGGCGUGACAGGGAGCCCGAUCAGCAGGCAAGCUGCUGCUGCAGGGGGAGGAAGAGCAGGCUAUGCACCAGCCAAAGCCAGAGGUCAAGAAGAAAAGAGAGAGAGUGGUAAAGAGGUAGACUCGGACAGAGAGGAGGGUCACCCGUGAUCCGAAGCACAACCCGGGCCUCUCUUUGUUGCUGCGAGGGCCUCAGAGCGGGGAGGACGAUGUGAAGGGGAGGCAGGAGGGAGGCGGCCGCGAGAAAGACCAGAAAUGCUCUCAGAGAUCAUGUGCAGGAGGAUCUUCCAGCAGCAGAGGCAGCAGGACGAGAAGGAGGCGCAGCUGAGGGAGGCCAGCAUCCGCAGGACGCACGGCUGGUCCAAGAGCUGCAGCGCGCCUCUCCAGGGGCGGAGGACAGGGGGGGGAGGCCGGCCGAGGGCCCGCAACCCCCACCGGCACCCGCAGCGUCAUCACGCACACCGCCCCCACCGCCCCCACCGGCCGCCGGCGGCCCUGCGGCCCGUUAACGUCAAGGGGAACCGAGCCAGGGGGAUGCGGGCCCCCCAGAACACCAACCAGUUCUUGAUGCAGGAGAAGUACCAGAUGCAGCACCUGCGCUCCGACUCGGUGGGCAGCGACAGCGGCUGCAGCUCCGACAGCGACCUGGAGCUCACCGACAUGGACUCGUACCUGUGCGUCCUGGAGAACGCCAGAGGGGCGCUCCUGGACAGCCCCAACCCGCACGGCUCCACGGCGCCGGGGCCGGGGCCCCUGCUGGUCCUGGACCGGGGGGACGGGCCGUGCGUGUUCCUGCAGGAGGACAGCGUGCAGUACUUCCCCUCCGAGGACGACCUGCUGCAGAGCCAGAACUUCAUGCAGAGGGACUUUGCUCAGUUCUGUGACUUCCUGUCGCCGUGAGGGCGAACCGGCGAGGCGGUCAGAGCCGCGGUCCGAACGGGUCAGGCUGGUUCUGAUUCAGACUCACCGCCGGUGAGAAACAUCUCCUGAAUGGGUCAGAAACUUUCUGAAGGAUUAGUUUUACUGGAGUCCAUCAGAGUGUCAUUAGUUUUUAUGAAACUAAAGGAAGCAGCACUGAACCAUUAUUGUUGUUUUUUUUUUUUUUUUACUGUUUUUAUUGGAAGUCCGUCUUGUUUUCACUGUGGAUGUGAACAUAUGUUGUCUCUUUGCUAUGAGACGCCUCCUCCUGAGGUUUUCCACAAAAGGAAAUGGGCUGGGUGGUGGGAGUGAGCCCAGACAGCCAAUCAGCAUCCGGCUGGCUAGGUUAGGCUGCAGAUGAUUGGCUGAUGAGGACUUUGUGAAGCCUGUCGCUGAAAAAGUUUGAAUAAAUAUGUUUGAUGUUACUAAAACUG